AUGCCGAAGGCGAUGAAGAAAGGUGUUGCGAGCAAGAAGAUGGAGAAGAAGGUCCUUCUUAAGGAGGCCGCCGCGAAGAAGAAUCUUCGCUGCGCAGCGAAGACGACGAUGGCUGAGGGGGAGGAGGCCACGCUGGAAGAGAUGAUCCAAUGGCUGCGGGCCCAUCCAGCGCAGUGCUCCUCAAUGUUGGCGUCCGUCAAGAAAGGGGUGUGGGAUGGUUCCUCCAGCGACGACGAGGAUGAGGACAGACUGGCUCCCUACAUGAACAAGAUCAGGCUCAUCUCCAAGCCCAAGCUCUUGGACAUCCUCUCCGACUUGCUCCCGCAGGCCCAUCAAUGGCUGAAGGUCCUUCCCCGAAAGACGAAGAAGGAGGAGCUGGCAGCGAUCCUUGCGUUCCUUGUGCACAUGAGUCCAACAUCGGCCCUUCCGACAAAGAUUUUGAGCCGGCUCCUCGAAGAGUUCAAGGAAAGAUGGGCUGAUUUUGGCAAGCGUGCCAAAGACUGGAGGCCCAUCAGCGACAAGGUCCAGGAGUUCUGGGACCAUCAUGCCUAUUGGUCCAUCGACAUCAACUCGGACGCGACUGAGGGGUUCCUCUGCUACGGAGCUGGCGUCGACCCGACAGACAAGAAGAACAGGGUGGCUCUUCCUUCGGAGAUUGUCUCUCAUGCCACAACUGUGGAAAAUGCGGGUUCCUUUGAUGGUGCGAUCAUCAAGAAGGGGGCUUUGAUGAGGAAUGUGGUCCAUCUGCUUUCGGAACUGGGCGAAGCGAACCGUUGGGUCCGUCCAUUGUUCUUGAAGGAGGUCCCUGGUGGAGAUGGGCAGCUCGGGAAGACGAAGAAGGCCCCUCCCGCUGAGGCGAGCAAGAUCCGCAAGAAACGUGAUGCUGACGGUGACGCCUUGCUCACGCCGCCCAGGUUCUUCCACCCAGCCUCUGCCUCAGCAAUCGAGCUGGAUCCUCAGUCGAGAGACGCUCCGGCAAUGAAGCCCUUCCUCGGUUGGGCGGAGGUGGUAUUGAGCAGCGUGAGCAAGGACUUUCCGGACUGGCAGCGGUCCUUCCUGGGUCACAGAUCCACGUACUUUACGUGUUGCUCUGGUUUGGGCACUGCCGAAAUCGCUUGCAAGCAGAUUCGUGAAGCAUCGGCAAAGGUCUUUCCGAAGCCCGUGCGGCUCAUCUGUCGUUAUGCAAUGGAUCCGGACCCCGAUUGCCAAAGGGCUUUGCUUUUGCAGGACACGGGGCAUCUUUGGUCCUCCAUUUAUGACUUCUUCCCAGAAAGCAAGAAGCAGAAGACAGGAGGUAAUGCGGAAAGCAAGGUCCGUCACUUCUGCGACAGCUUCGACGCACGAAUCGAUGAUCCCAGAACCAACGUCCUCUUUGGCUGGCUUGCAAUGGUCAAGCAGCACCGGCUCUUCUGGGCCCUGCAUGAGAAUGUAUGGGGAUUUCCGAGUUUCGACUUGAAUAUUCAAGGUGGGAUGGAGAUGCUCGAUGCAGCGUUGCCGGAGUUUCAGGUUUUUCACUUGAAAGGGAGCCCUGCUGACUGGGGUCACAUUGGAAUGGCCCGCCCACGUGUGUGGUCCAUCGUGUACCAUCGGGAGAAGGUAGAGGUGCUCUUCAAUCCAGGCGAGGUCUAUCAGAUCCUCUGCUGCACCCUACGCAAAGGCUUGGGGAGCCUUCCUGCGUCCAUCUUCUGGCAGCACACGCCGCCUGCUGACGUGGUCGCGAUGGAGAACAGUAUCAGGGAGCAGCGGCAGCUGGCAGCCCUGAGCUCUGGCCCAUCAGAUGACUGGUCCUACCUGCUGACAGAGAGCCAGCAGAGGCACUUGAGUGGUUAUGAAGCGAAGUGGAGACAGCUUCAUGGUGGUCCUUCUGAUCUCGACGACGGCUGUGUCUUCGACCUGAGCCAGAAUCCUGAGCACUGCUGUCUUUGGACGUCACGACACGGGUCCCUCCCGACCUUCCGGCGCAAUAGUAAGCUAUGGGUUCCGUGUUUGAAACGAUUCCUCUUGCCGCGUGAGGCGGCCCUUCUCAUGGGCUUCAGCGGCCCAUCUUUGCAGCACGUGCAUCAAAACAAUGUCGGGAAUGCGAUGAGCUUGCAGACGGUGGGUCUGAUGAUUCUGGCUGCUCUUUUAAGUGCGGCCCCUCUCCCCAGGGCAGCUCCAGGUGGUCAGUCCAUCAAGCGCCUCACUUCGGGCUGCUCCACGGCAUUGCCAUGGCCUCUCAUUGCUGUGAGCAUGGCCCGCCAGCCUCCUAACCCACUCGUCGAGAAGUGCAAGGAAGUCCCUCACUUGGAGCACCUUGAGUUGCUCUUCUAUGAAGACGACCAGAAAGGCUUGCUUCGGCACAAGACGACUGGGGAGGUGGUCCGUCUACCAAACGCCUUUCUGGGACUCCACUUUAACGAGCAUGGCAUGGCCUAUCUGGAGAUUGAUGGGGCUGCGCCGAUGUGGGCAAGCAGCUUGCUGAAGCAUCAUUUGUUCGAGGAUGAACGGUCCUGCAAGUCGGAGGAGUUGCUGGAGAGGCUCUUCGUUGUCAGGAAGAGUCAGGCGGCCAAUGAUGGUCUUUCCCUGGAAUGGUUGCAGGACCAUCGUAGAUCCCACAGCCUCCUGUAUCCCCAGGACACGAUGCGUGGUGCUUUCGAGGAGAGACCUUUGACACUUCUGUGCUUCCAGUGGGUUCCUCAGCACGAGUGCCAGUGCUACUGGCUGCUUCGGGCAUUGACAAACGUGAAGAAGAAGGUUCUUCUCAAGAAGCUGCGUAAAUCCUGGAUCCCGGCUUUCAAUGCCCGCAAAGUGGCGGGCUCCACGGACCAUAAGACUCAGGGGCGUGACGACAUAGUUUGGCCCGAAAGCGCGGCCGUUCCCGAUGACAGGGACACGCGUCAAGGACAUGAUGCUUUCGUUUCUACCAGGUUCAUGGUCUUCCUCAUGGUCCUUCUCACGAAGCAUUACCGGCAUUGCAAGGAGUGGCUGAAGCUGGUCUUCGAGCAACUGCUGCCGAAACGUGUGAAGCUGCGUGUGAACAACAGCGCCCAAUCGGUGCGGGUUCGUCAUUGCCUUGUGGACCUCGGGGAGGUGACCCAGCGCUCUGCGUACAAGGAGCGAAUGCGGCACUGCAAAAGGCAGGUGCCUCUCAGGUUGCGACAAAAGCUGCGGCUGGAGGAGGUCCUUCAUGCACUCUGGCCCUUGAAGGACUUAAGAUGGCUGCUGUGGGACCUGAUAGAUGGGGUCUCUAGGGAGUUGGAGAUCGGGGUCCAUCUCUCUCAAUUUCACAAAGCGCCAGCAGACAAGGAUGCCUUUGUCCAAUCAGAGGCGGACAUGCGGGACCCUCUGGUCCGUCAGAAGAGAAUGGAGGCCGCUCUUGGCAAAGCCUGGAAUGCCAACAAAAGAAAGGGCAGCAAGGCCCCUCAAACGGAGGCGCAGCGGACACGGCUCCGCAUGCAGGCCGAGGCGGCCCGACGCUUCACAAAGACGCUGCAGAGGAAGAAAGAGCGGAGCAGGUACCUCCUUUCCGCACGACGGCUCUUCAACAACGCUCACUUCGUCCACGUGGGCUUGGACGGCGGAAGAGCUGGCGGACGCAAGCGCUGGCUGUACUGUGUGCUGGAUGCGGACACCGGGGUUUCUGCAUGGGCUCCUCCUCUGCGGUUCCAAGAUGGCGGGUACCGUCCCCCUGACUCUGAUAAAGGUCCCUCUGCUGCAGAGCAGAAGAGAUUGGAUGCCAGCAGCUUGCGGUUCCUCGACAGCUUGAAACUCAUAGAGGCCACUGCUCCCACAACGGCCCAGCCCGUAGUUGCCAAGCAGACCCGUGGUCCUUCCUAUGAGCAAGUGGUGGGCCUCGACCAGACGUUGAAGUGCAUGUUUCCUGCUUUGGAGGAGGGUCUUGGGUCCUUCUCGAAGCCAGCUGGGGACAGAGACUUGAGGCUCCUUCCUACCUUGGUCGUGACGUCGGAUGCUGGACCGGACCUUCAAAGUGCGUUGCAGUUUCUGCAAAAUGGUCUUUCUGUCCGCAUGGUCCAUCUAUGGGAGCCACGGCACAGAUUAGCGCGAGAGCUGGAGAACAGCAUCGCGCACACGGUCCAUCUGAAGUCCUCGCUGGGCGUCGCAGAGAUGAUCCUGAACUUUUCCCGUGGUCCAUGGUCUGGUCAUCGCUGGUUUCGGGUCCUCCAGGAGGAGUGCGUGGACUUUGUGUUGAUGUUGGAGGCAAGUGGAACGCCUGAGUCGUCGGCCCUUCUGCACUAUUUCCGACCCAGAAUUGCCCGUGACCUGGGCUGGAGUGAGGCGGAAACCACCAUGGAGCAGUGCCAGGCCCGUCUUCGAGAAUGUCGGUUCCUUCAUGCGCGAGGUCCUUCCACCACAUCCCGGUGGGACAACUUCCACCAAGGAUGGAAGUCCCUUCGUCCGGAAUUGUCCCUCCUCAGCCUGUUGCUCAUCUCCUAUGGUGUGAAAAUGGGUUUCUUGGGAGGGAAGAUGAGCCAGACACGGAACCCCGGUCCAUCCAUAGAGGCCCCCGAGGAGGACCAGGCGGGGACGAUGAAGGGGGAGACUCGACAGAAGCUCUGGGCACGCUGCUCGAACAAGCUGCACUGUGUUUGCAUGGCCCUUGUUAACGAGGGCCUUCGCUUCGACCUGGAUGCAUGGUUCUUCCUGUCGCUUCCACAGUCUGAGGCCCUUCACACGCUCCGAACAGAACUGCAGAGCGGUCCCUGUGGAGCUUUCAAGGCUCAGAUGUCGGAAUCAGAAGGCGCGGCGCUGGACAUUUGCAACCGCAUCCUGGAGCAGAUGAACUCACCUGACGUGUGGUCCUUCCUUGGCCUGUGGUCUGGAGGUCAGCUGCUGGGAGGGUUCGCUCGCCAGAUGGACCUGGCCCAUCCUGAAGUCCGGCGCCAGGCGGCCCUGAGAAAGAGAAUGCUAGACAUGAUGCUAGCCCUUCUGCAGCAGAAGCUUCUCUACGCUUCGGUUCCUCUGUUUUCAUAUCCUCAGCGACUGGUCCUUCUCGCGUCCCCAUGUGAGGCCACAGCCAACGCAGCAUUGGUUCAUCUGUACCGCUCCUAUUCCGCGCACCAGAUUGCGUGCAGGACCAAUUCCAAGUGGUGCAAAGCGUACGUGAGGCGCUCGCCCUUCCAAUUGCAAGUGAUGAAGGAUGUGACGGCAGCCCUUCAGCGUGCAAAUUGGACCAUCAGCAAGGAGGUCACAGGCUGGGUGACCAAGGUUUUUUCUGGGUUUGGUGCGACGUGGAACGAGGAGGCGUUUGGAAAGGCCCGUCAAAAAGAGGAAACAGACAACCAGGCCCAUGAAAUGGCGGACAACGAUCUCUGGCAGACGUUGUCGUUCUCUCGGGUCCUUCCCGCUGCAGGCUUGAAGGAGGUGGAGAUUCGCGAGGAUGUUCCCGACAUCACCUGGCCGGCGUCCCUCUUCCACAUCCAGCGACGCCAGGCAAACGAGCGUCUACGCAGAAUCACAGGCCCCGCGACUUGGAGCAGCAUGACGCAACAGAGCCUUGCCAGCGCUGCCUGUGAGUUGGCCCUUCUCUGCGACGCGGUGGAGUCCAACAAGGUCCAUCUCUUGACAGAGACAGCGGACAGCGAUCGAGACAGCCCCGCGACCGCGCCAGCGGCAGCGCCCGCGCCCGAGCCAGAGCCGUUAGCCGAGGCCCCGCCCCGGCGCGAAGUGCGCGAGGGGCAGCCCGCGGGCAGCGCGCCCGCGGAGAGCGAGUGCGCGAGAGAGAGCGAGCAGAGCGAGCUCGCGCGAGAUGGAGAGAGCGCGCGAGAGAGAGGCGAGCGGAGGUCCGAGUCAUGGCGGAGCGCGAUGUUGACCAUGGGCCUUCUCGUGCGACACAAGUCUUGGAGCAAGCCGAGAUUGAGCAUGGGCGCCUGGCCGAGCAAUGCCGGCGUCUUGACCAUGGAGGUCCAUCAGACUGCACAUGGUGGCUGGCAGGUCCUUCCUGUGACCGCCGAGAGGCUUCAUUGGGUGCAGGUGUGUAUAUUCGAUGAGUGGUCCGUCCAGCCUGCCUCGGCGAUAAGUCCUUUGGAACAUUCGGUCCGAACAAAGGACACAUCCGAGCACGAGGUCCCUCUUUUGUGGCCAAGUGGGUCUGAGAAAGACAUUCUGGAGUAUUGCGCCGAGAGGCGGUUCCCGAAUGUAUCGAUGACGGUCCUGAAACUGCUGUUGAAGGAGGAGUUCGGGCAGGACAUGGGUUCCUCGGAUGAGUCUUUGGUGGGGGACCUUCUCCUGUCAGGAAUCAAAUGCGUGUUGGGUCCAUCCGAUGAGAAAGCGGCGGAUGCGCUGGAGCUCGCAUUGCAUGAGCGUGAAAAAGACGAUGCAGAGCUUUUGGACCUUCUCCAGAACCCCCUGUUCAACGAGGUCCUUCAGUCAAAGCAGGACCAACAAAAACUGGAGCAGGCAAUCAAGGAAGCCCAGGCCAGUCAGAGGCAGGUCCUCUCAAUCACAAGGUCCAUCCAGCGGCUGCGGCCUGCUGGGAAGAAGAAGGUCAAGCGCAAGGCUGUCCGGUUCCCGGGAGAUGAAGCAUGGCCUGCUGAGGUUCUUCAGCGUUUCGCACCUGCCGAGUACCGCAUGUACAGGGACGAGUUCAACAAAUGCAUCAGGGCCUUCCAUAAAAGCUACAAUUGGAGUCUAUCGAGGUCGUGGGGCAGAUGUGGCAAAGAAAGCGUUCCAGCACGGUUGGUGCUUCGCGGCGUAUGGACACGCCAUGAGGCACUUCAUCCGAACGACCCCUGCCCCUGGGACUUUCUUGAUGAUUGA